UAUAUAAAGGGUUCCAAUUGCCUCUCAGAAUAUACAACAAACCAAUCUACAACAUUAUUAUAUCUAGACUUCAAUACUUACAUUGGUAUUAAGUUUACGAUCAAACACCACCUUACAAGUUACAACACCUUCUAGCUAUUCAAACCUUACGCGAUGAACAAUCUUUCAUUUUUCUUCGUCUUUUGUCUCCUAGCCACUCUGUCUCAUGCCAUAGAGCUCGACUUUUGUGUUGGGGAUCCUAGUCUUCCUAGAGGACCUCAAGGGUAUGCUUGUAAAGAUCCUGCUAAAGUCACAACUGAUGAUUUUGUUUACACAGGUUUCCGUGGUGAAAAAACUCCUAACAAUGUUUUUGGGAACAAUGUGACAUUAGCAUUUUCAGAUGUCUUCCCAGCGUUUAACGGUUUAGGCAUAUCUAUGGCUAGGUUAGACUUCGCCGUAGGAGGAGUAAUUCCAGUACACUCCCAUCGUACAUCAGAAGUUCUUAUUUUGGUGAAAGGUUCAAUUAUUGCUGGAUUUAUUGAUACUACCAACACUGCAUACUAUAAAAGAUUAGAGGUUGGUGAUGUCAUGGUAUUUCCACAAGCCAUGCUUCACUUCCAAAUCAACGUUGGCAAAACUCCGGCUACCGCGUUUGUUAGUUUGAACGGAGCAAACCCUGCACUACAGCUCACUCCUACUGCCUUAUUUGCUGGGAACUUACCUGCUGACAUUGCCCAGAAAAUUACACUUUUGAGUAAAAAUGAAGUUAUGCGGAUGAAGCGAAUAUUCGGCACAGCUUAACAAAAUUCCUUUCCUGAAUUAUUCUUUUUUUCGACAUAAUAAAUUAUGAUAAUUUGUAAUAAAAAAAAAUGUAUAAUUGUUUUAUUUCAUUUGUAUUCUUUCAUCUUUUUGUAUUCUCCAUACUUGUAUUUUUGUUAUUUAUUUUAAGUUGAAUAAUGAUACAUACUUUUCGUCAAUAAAUUCCCCCUUUCUCUCAAUGUUCAUCAU